AUGGAAUUUUCAUCAACACUUAGCUUGCCCCAUGAUUCAAAGUCACUACCAUUUCUUCCCCAAGAAAUAAUAUUUGAAAUACUCCUAAGACUACCUGUGAAAACUUUGCUUAAGAUGAAAUGUGUGUCUAAAUCUUGGCUUUCUCACAUCUCUAGUCCUCAAUUCAUCACAACACAUCUCAAACUCUCAGCCAAUAAUCAAGAAUUGUCUCACCAUAGGCUUCUCUUCAGCAACUCUGAUGAAAUCAAGAAUGAUGCCUUGACUUUUUACACUUGCUCUCUUUACUCAAUUAUGUAUCAAGAAUCUCCAGUUAUCCGUAUCGAGCUUGAUUUUCCUGGUGAAUUGCCAUUCGAUUAUGAAUAUAGAAUUUUCGGGUCAUGUAAUGGAUUGUUCUGUAUUUCAAAUGAUGAUUAUGAGGAUCUGUUUCUAUGGAAUCCGUCUAUAAGAGAGUUGAAAAAAUUGCCCUGUUCGGGAAUAGAUGUAGGUGAAUUGGAUUUUCUUGAAUUUCGAGGUGUUGGAUUUGGUUACAAUGAGUGUCAAACUGAUUAUAGAAUUGUAGAAAUUGUGGGAGUUGAUCAUAGUAAGCAUGGUAAUCUGUGUUAUGUUAGUGUAUAUAGUUCAAGAAUUAAUUCAUGGAAAAGCAUUCAAGGUUAUCCAGGUUUUAUCUUUUUCACUGACUCUGGCAAAUUUGUAAAUGGAAGACUUCAUUGGAUUGCCUUUCUUGACUGUGGUAGUUAUACCAAUGUACAUUUUCUUAUUUCGUCAUUCAACUUGUUAGAUGAGACAUUUGGGAAUGUAGCGUUGCCCGACACAGUUGAUGAGUCACAUGACUUAGCGUUAGGUACUUCACGAGGUUACUUAUAUGUGUCUAGUCGCUAUGGAACCAAGACGGAUGUGUGGUUAAUGAAGGAGUAUGGACUUGCGAGGUCAUGGACCAAGUUGGUUUCAUACACUUCCAGCAAAGUGGUUAAGCCAAUUUUCAUCUCACAGGAUGAUAAAAUUUUACUACAACUUGCUACGAGUUUGGUGUGUUUUAAUUCAAGAGACAACACUAUCAGGCUCCCUGGAAAUCAGAUACGUUGUUAUAGUGACAUCGACUGUACGUUUAGUCUAUACAUUGAAAGUCUUGUUUCCCCAAAUUCUUUGGAGGAUGUUUGA